CUCGUAUCACAAUACAGAAACAUGUUGUGCUUUAGUACCAACAAAUGGUUGUAGCUGCGCAAUUGUAUUGUAAUAUGUCAAUGCUAAUAGAUAACAACUUCGGUAUCGGUGAAUCAAAAUAUGAAAAUAUUCAAUAAAGCUAAACACAUGAUUUAACGCUAAUGUAUUACUGAAAAAAAACUUUUUAUUAUUACACUAAUUUGUAUACUUCAGUUUUAUAUGAAAUUAAAAAAAAGUUUGGAAAUGUAACGUGUUUGAAGUUAUCUUUCCAUAAAUAAUUGUUACCAAGUUUAUUAGAAGACUGGCAUGGCUAAGGAUCCUUUAAUUAUAAAUCAUUUUGGUCAAAAUUAUAGAUCUAUUUCUAAUACUAAGCCAGUUGUUGACAUCGAACGCGAGCAGAUACCUUUGGGAUAUCUACGGAAUGAUGGAUCAGGGCUCAAUGUAUGGAUGGCAGCUAUAUUUGUUGCUGGAGAAAUGGCAGGUACUGGUGUUCUUGCGGUACCAUGGGCAGUUGUAAAUUCAGGUUGGGUUGGAUUUUUAUUGCUUAUUGCUUUUGCAAUAACUUCAGCUUAUAGUGGAUCAAGAUUGGGUGAUUGUUGGGCAAUUUUAGAAGAAAGAUAUCCAGAAUGCAAAGAAAGUUGUAAAAAUCCAUAUCCUACAAUAGCAUUGUAUGCUUAUGGAAAAAAAACGAGUUAUUUGACAUCAGCUUGUAUUCAGUUAACAUUAUUUGGAGCAGGAACUGUCUAUUUGAUGCUUGUUGCACAGAUAUUUCAACUGUUGUUGGAAAAUAUAUUUCCUGAUACAGGAUUUUGUAGUUGGCUUCUUAUAUUUUCCUUGGCAAUUAGUCCAUUGAUGUUUCUUGAAUCACCAAAAGACUUCAGUUCUGUUGCCAUUGGAGCUGUACUCACUACAAGUAUUGCCUGUGUGUUUAUUUUUUGGCAAAUUAUAAGUGAUGGAAUCAGUAAUCAAGAACCAGUAUUACAUCAAGGUCAUACAUUAGAACAAUUUUUUCUGUCAUUUGGUACAAUUUUAUUUGCGUAUGGAGGAGCUUCUGCAUUUCCAACUAUUCAAAACGAUAUGUUCCAACGUGAAAAAUUUCCAAAAAGUGUACUUAUUGCGUUUAUCAUUAUAAUGUCUCUGUAUUUUCCUAUUGUCACUGGAGGAUACUUUGUCUAUGGAGAUCGGAUAAAUACAAAUAUUAUGCUUUCAUUGAAUGAAACAUGGAUUACAUCUAUUGCUAAUACACUUAUAGCCUGUCAUUUAAUCCUUGGAUUCAUCAUAAUCAUUAAUCCUGUAUCAUUACAAUUGGAACUUUUUUUUAAUGUUCCUAAUAAGUUCUGUUUUAAAAGGUUGACAACAAGAUUUCUAUUAUUAACAUUAAUGAUUCUUCUUGGAGAAUCAAUACCAAAUUUUGGCAAAUUAGUAUCAUUGAUUGGUGGUUCAACUGUUACAUUAGCUACUUUUGUACUUCCAUCAUUGUUCUACAUGAAACUUUGUGAACAAACUAAUCCAAAUUGGCCAGAAAGAUCAAUCUCAUGUCAUUCAAAAAUGUACAUGUGGGAAAUAAUUAUUGUUGGUGUUCUUGGUGGAAUGGCUUCAACUUAUGCUGCCAUAAUGGCUAUAAUAAAUAUGACAUCAGUUACCAAACCUUGUUAUUGGAAUUGGUUUUAGUCUAUAUAAACUACUUGAUCAAUAAUUUUUUCUAUAUUAUUAAAAUAGAAUUUUAUGAUAAUUCCUAACUUAUUUUAGUUGUAUAUAUCUAUGCUACAGAAUACUUGUUACCAUUUUUUUCUUAUUCGACUGAGUUAUAUAUAUAUAUUAUUUAAUAAAGUUUCAUUAAUUUUA